UUUAUAAGCUAAAAAUUAACAACUCUUUUAAAGGAACAAAGCUACAUGAGAACAAGAAGUCAAGCUAUAGAAGACACAAGCUCUUAUCAUGAGGAUCAUGAAGAAUAUGACGACCAAGAAGAUUCAGAGGAUCAAGAUGCCAACAUGGAAGAUGACUCAAAUCAGCUAAGUAAUCCUGAGGAUUCAGAGUGUUCAUUUGACCCAGCCGAAGCACUAGAGAUGAUUAAGCACAUUGGCAUGGAUUCUGAAAGCAUCUUAUAUUUAUACUCAGCUCAAAAGAAAAUACUUCCAGCUCGCUUUGAUUCAAUCUACAAGAGAUUAUUAUCAGCAGUAGACGAAUUAGAACAGACUGACUGGAGCCAGCAUUUUUAUGAAGAUUCUCCUAAUUUAGUAGCAGUUGAACAAUUAAAGGUCCUCAUUUCAGAAAUCUCUCAAAAAUAUUUAAGUCUGCUUAUUUUUCCCAAGAAAGAAACACAAAUGAUUCUGAGAAGUCAAACUAAAGCAUUAAGCAAGUGCUACCCCGCAAUCAUGAUGCCAUCUGAAGAGACAAAGUUUGCUGAAGAAUGUAUGAACAAGAAAGAAACUGGCAUGAGCACCAAGCUUUGUUCCAGCAUCUGCCAGAGCACUAAGAACUGGGAUGUUGACUUAAGCGACCCGGGACUUAUCUGAAUCUCAUCUAGAAAACGAGGAGACUUACUCUUCGCACAGAGAACUAAAGCCAUACCCAUCCCAAGCUGAAGUAAAUUUGGACUUUACAGUGUCAGGCACAAGCAAAAGGAAGGUAACCGGAUGCUGAGCGUCUCUUUGCCUAAAAGAAUGGAAGAUUUCGCCAUCUCAAACACUGAGCUAAAAGACAUCAGAUAUUGCAUGAAUACUAUUGCUAUUGCUGGUCCGAGAGUACUGAAUUCCAUCCAUUUUACCAAUUUCAGGAUUGAUGAACGCCAAGUCAAGAGGCUCUUCUCAGCAUGAAAGAAUAUUCCAAGCGUGCAGUUCUUUCACUGAGCUUUUGAGUUUGAAGGUACCCCUUGCCUCUCCCACUCCCUCUCCAACACCUCUCUCACGCACCUCUCCUUCAUCGAAUGCGAUGACGAAGACUACAGCUGCUGGAUAGUCUCCCCACACAAAUUCUCCAACCUCCUCCACAGCCUAGCCGCCUCAGACUUCAAGCACUCCAUCCAAGAAGUCGAACUGGGCAGGUUCUUCGUAAGCAAGUGGUUUGUACAAGACGUCUUCCAGAAGACAGGAUUGGGGACAGGGAAGUUUAAAGGCAAAUUUGAUGAUGAAGAGGGUGAAGGAGAGGGAGAAGGAGAGGAUGAAGAGUUUAUGGAUGAAGAGGAUUAUUAGAACGUAAUUUUUUAGUGGGGUUUUC